GGGGGGGGGGAGGGGAUUCGGGGCGGUCCAAGUCAGGGUAAUCUUGACAUAGUGACCAUCAGGCCUCCGGCUGAAAGGGAGCACGUCCGCAUCACAGACGGCCAAGUAUAGCGACUGAAUCCUCUGCGACCUGAGAAGCCAGUACUCUCUUGACUGUCAAUUGCGACGGAGAAGCGAAUGACAUCCAGCAGCAGAGGUCCUAGCGGAAAAUCCGCCACUUUCGAAAAGUUGCGCAAACCGAUUGAUUGUUUUCUGGACUUUUGACCCAUUUCGUCAGUUCUGGCCACUGUAUCGAGACGCAAGAUCGAGCUAGCGAGGCGAGGAGGCAGAGUGAAGGGCGAAGAGGACCUAUUUGACAUCUUCAGCACCCGUCAAGACGUGGUCUGCUCCACCUUUGAGCCAGAAUGACCCGAGGAGAUCAGAGGGAACGAGCUCGAGCGAAGAAUUUGGCGAAGAGCCAACCGGGAGCUAACAAGAAGUCUGGAGAUCCCGUCAAGCGGAAAGAAGCAGACAUGGAGGCAAUGAGGAAAAAAGCUGAUGAUAACCUCAGGAGAAAGCCGCGAAGUUGGCAGCUGAGGCGAAUGGGACAGCUCCGCCGGACAAGAAGGCAGCGAAGAAGUAACUAGUUUCUUGGAUAUACAAUAUUAUCGAUUGAAGCCCCUGGUAGCCC